CUUUGCCAUCAUUUGCUGAACUCCGUCGUCGCUUUGCUCCGUUGUCGUUUGUUGUGCUCCGCGAUCGAUUUGCUCCACCGUCAUUUGUUGAAACUUGAGAGUUGGUCAAGUUUAAUCUUUGCAAGUGAUCUUCAAACAGUAACUGAUACACAAUAACACCACUUUUGAAAGCGACUCAAUGCGCUUCUCCACUAUUCUAUCGGUCACCUCGCUCAUUGGAAUCUUCAAUGCCUUCAAGUAUCUACCACUGCAUUUGCAGAACCCCAAUGGAAAACCCAAAAAUACAAAGAAAGCUCAGAAAACAUAAACCAUUAUUUUCAUCAAGAUUACCAAAUACAUUGAGAACUUUUCUGGGAAUGAAUAAUUUUCAUUGUGUGGAUGUACAGGUGGGUAAAGGUUUGUCCAAGGAUGAGAAAGCUCAGAAGCUAGCACUACAACAUUGGCUUGAAGCUAUCAUGGUUGACCCUGAUGCACCCAGUCCAAGUCAUCCAACCCUGAGGGAAUAUUUGCAUUGGUUAGUAGUAGAUAUCCCUGGAACUACUGGCACUUCUUUCGGGCAAGAGAUAAUGUGCUAUGAGAAUCCACGGCCAAUGUUUGGAAUUCAUCGGUAUGCUUUCGUGUUAUUCCAGCAGCUUGGGAGGCAGACUGUCUAUGCACCAAGUUGGCGUCAAAACUUCAACACUAGAGACUAUGCUGCCGAUUAUAAUCUCGGAUUGCCGGUUGCUGCCCUUUACUAUAACUGCCAGAGAGAGAAUGGUUCAGGUGGACGAGGACCACAAAUAGGUGUUGGUAGAUUUUGAGGCUUGUUACCAAUAGGAUGAUGGAUAUAUGUACAUAUAUAAAGACUCAAAAAUAAGAUCAGAAUGAUGGAUAUGCCUAAUUUGGGAGUUCAUAACCAAGAAAAAGAUGAAUAACUUAGAUAUAUCUCAUUUCCUCAU